AUGGAGGAUUUCCUGACGUAUGGUGCCGGGUGUCCCGGCAAUUUUUUUCGUCGUACUUGUGUCGAUUCUCUAGGCAAAAAUCCUGAUGGUGCUAUCGCGCAAUUUUACUAUUUAUCGGCGAAAAUUUACAGGGGUGUCAAUUACGCAUUACAAGCUAUCCCGGCGUUCAAAGAAGCGCAAUAUGAUGAAGGUUCAGGUGUUUCAUGUCAUCGUGUACCCAUUUCAGCAAUAAAAUCUGAAUUGGAGGACAUGAUUAAGAUGAACAGUAUGCUAUCUACUGAGCCUAUUGUUAAAAUGGAUGGUGAGUGUGUUGAGAGGUUAGCUACUGACCUUGAACCUCUUUGGGGCACGAAUGCUAGCGGUGUAUCUUUUGAUUUUUCUGAAAUGGAUACCCCUGGUAACGGUAUGGAUGCGACUUUAGAGGCGAGGUCUGGGGAGUUUGAGUCUGUUGUGCAGUUUUCUGAGGAUGUCUCCUACGUGCCUGUACGACCAUUUGAUGGUUCUUUUCCUGAAAUAUCGUUGUGCGUUGAUGAGGCUAUUGUGAAGGAGCGCAAUAGUAACCUUCUUGAUUGCGGGAGCGGCAGCGAGUUCAUCGGUGGUUCCCUUGUGAGGAAUUGCGCCGAUGUACCUGAGGAUAGUGUCACUGAUGUGACUACUCUUGCUUCUGCUAUUGUUGCCUAUUUAGAUUCUGAGGUAUAG